GUUAGCCUAGCCCAAGCUGUUCUCCUCGUCGUCACCGGAGGGCUGUUAGGGGGGAGUCGUUGCCAUGACACCGAGUGCUCUUCUUCUCUGGAUGCUCCUCCAGUCCGUGGGAGCCGCCGCAGCGCCCUCCCAGUGCCACCAGGGGGCGACCAUCCCGGAGGCGGUGCUGGCCCCGGCCCUGAGCAGCGGCAGCAGCGUCCUGCGGGUGCCGGGCGUGGCCUCUCUGGCCCGCUGCCGGGUCUCCUGCUGCGAGCGGCCCCGCUGCGACCUGGCCUGGCUCUUCCAGGGCCGCUGCUACAUCCUCAGCUGCCAGCAGGGGGGGGCGUGCCGGCCCCAGAACCGCCCCGGGGCCGACUCCUACCUGGCCUUCGUGCUGCGGGGGCCCGCCCAGACCCUGGUCCUGGGGCCCCUGGUGCGGGGGGAGCCGUACGGGAGCCGCUGGGGGCCGCCGUCGGAGGAGGAGGAGGAGGCGCCCGGGGACCUGGAGGCCCUCAGGGACCUGGCGGUGUUGGAGGGGGAGGAGGGGCCCCCGACCAGGGGCGGGGACUUGGAGCCGGGGGGGUUCUCCCAUUGGCCGGCGGCGGAGAUUGAGAACAGAGGGGAGGGGCCGGUGACUGUCAACGGCUCGGCGGGAGGGCCCCCGUCUCCCGGGGCCCUCAGGGGCCAACUCGGAGAGCAGAGUCCCACUUUCCAUCCAGCGGAGAGCAGAGGUCAUAUUUCCAUCUUCUCAGGAACCCAGCCCUCCCACUGCACCAGUCAUUCCGUCGCCUUGGAAACCAACCACUUACCCCACCCAAAAGAGCCAUAUAAGGACAUCGCUUCCCACCGAGGCCACGCCCCAGCUCUCUGUUACCACGGCUACAGCGACAACAACAGUUCAAGCCCGCUAUGGGAGCAACGCCCGUAUCAGAGAUGUAUUGCCAUGUCGUUUGGGGCCGUGCCCGGCUGUGUUUCAGCUGAGAGACUGAGACCCCAUGCUGUGGUGGACCCCCCCAGCCAGGUUCUGUCUCCCCCGGUCCAGGAGGUGGUCCUCAACGCCAGCCAGAGCCGAGGGGACGCCCUGCUCAGGUGUGGGUGGGAGCAGACCAGCGGACCCUCUGUGGACCUGGGGCGGUCAGCCGACACCUGGUCUCUUCACCUGGCCCACCUGGAGCCCGGGAACUACACCUUCAGAGGAACGGUGACGGACUCGGCGGGAUCCUCUGACUCCACCACCGCUACCGUCCUGGUCCUUCCCGCCGACCCCGGUCCACCCCCUGGGGUGACCCCCACUACAGCCCCGCCCUCGACCUCUGACCCCACCCUCACCCCACCUCCCAGACACGACGCUGACCCCACCGUGCCCUCUCCGACCCCCAUCCCUCCGCAGAUGAGAACCACUCCCACUGUGACGGUCCAGGUCCCGCUGUCCCCGACGGAGGAGCGGCGGUUGAACCUCGGCCCGACGGCGGUGGCGGGUCCGGACAGGAAGCUGGUUCUGCCCGUCAGCAGCGUCACUCUGGACGGCCGCGACAGCAGCGACGACCGCGCCGUGGUGCAGUACCACUGGGAGGCCACCAGCGGCCGCCCGGGUCUAAAGAUGGAGGGUGUUGACAGGGCGGUUGCUACGGCGACAGGCCUGCGGGUGGGGCGCUACACCUUCAGACUGACGGUGAGCGACCAGCAGGGGGCGACGGACAGCGCAGUGCUGACCGUCAGGGUGGAGGAAGCCAGGCUCCCCCCCCCCGUGGCCCACGCCAGCGGGAGCCACGCCCUGACCCUCCCCAACAGCUCCCUGGUCCUGAGGGGCUCGGUGACGGACGGGGACCAGAGCCAGGUCACCUUCCUCUGGGCCCGGGACUCCCAGAGCCCUGCAGCGGGGGACGUGCUUUACGGCUCUCAGACCCAGCCGUCGCUACACCUGUCCAACCUGGUAGAGGGGACCUACCUGUUCCAGCUCCGCGUGACCGACGCCCAGGGGCGGGGCAGCACCGCCACGGCAACCGUGGAGGUCCGCCCAGACCCGGCGGCGCGGGAGGAGGUGGACCUGGAGGUGCUGGUGGGCGUGUCCCAGGUGAGCGCGGCCCAGAGGGACACGGUGGUCCGACAGCUGGCCGCUCUGCUGCACGUCCUCGACAACAGCAUCCAGCUACGCAUCCUCCCAGGACACUCCCCCCUCAGCGCGGUGCUGCGUCUCUCGGUACGCGGUCCGGAGGGCUCGUUCUCCGGCUCCAGGCUGGCCCAGGUCCUCAGGAACCAGCUGCUCAGGGAGAAGACCGACUACCUGCUGUUCAGAGUCCUCCGAGUGGACACCGUCUACUGUUUGCUGCGGUGUUCUGGGCGGGGCCAGUGUGAUCCAAUCACCAAGGAGUGUGUCUGUGACCCCUUCUGGACAGAGAACCUCAUUCGCCGUUUCCUUGGCGACAAAGAGAGGAACUGUGAGUGGAGGAUGCUCUACGUGAUCCUGUCCAGCCUCCUGGCUCUGGUCCUGGUCCUGACCCUCAGCUGGUCUCUGGUCUGCUGCUGUAGGAGGAGGAAGAGGAGCAAGCCCAGGAAGAAAACCAAGUACACCAUCCUGGACGACAUGGACGACCAGGAGAGGCUGGAGCUGAGACCCAAGCACGGUCUAAAGCACCGCAGCACGGAGCACGCCUCCAGCCUGAUGAUGUCUGAGUCGGAGCUCGACAGCGAGCCGGACGCGCUCUUCAGCCGCGCCCCGGGGGGGCACGGCGCCCGCAACGGGAACGCCUUCGGGUAG